UCACUCUGAAAAAACAUUUGAUUUAUUGGGAUAAGAUGAAAUAAUAUUAGCUUAUCUUUGAUUAUAUAUUAGCUUAUCUUUGAUUGGUUUUCCUGUUUCAUUAUUCACUUGAGAGUGCUUUGAUAGAGAUCAUAUUAGUAUAGAACAUGGCUUCGUGUAAUACCAAAACUGUAAAGUUUGUUUUUGUUGACUUAUAUCAAUCUAUUUGAACGCUUAUAAUUUUAUUUGAACGCUUUCAACUGACUCGAUAUUGUAUCUCUGUUCUGUAGGGUACUUUGGCUCAGGGGUUCAUCGGUCAGAACCGUCGCAACCAGUAUGAGAAAGAGCUCCAGCGUGGUAGAAUCUACACACUGACAAACUUCUAUGCAUCCAACAGCAAGGUGAUGUACCAUGUUGCUGAUCAGAGGCUGGUAAUUUGCAUCUCACACGCAUCUGCCCUGCCGAAGGAUGAAGAAGACAUUGAAGGCAUUUUAACAGAGCGCUUCAGAGUCCAUUCCUUUUCAGACUUUGAAGCAAACUGCGAUCUCAGAGGGGAUCUUCACGAUGUUGUUGGCCACCUUAAGCUGGUUGAUGGCCAGGCUCUCCAUCAGCGUCCGGUUUUGUGCACCAAGGAUGACUCAGCUUCUCGGAAAGUGAUGGUCCAUUUGCAGCUUAAAGAUGGUCCAGUGAUUAACGUCUAUCUAUGGGACGAGGCCGCGGUAAGUUUCCGCCUGAAGUUUGACGCAAGUGAAGCCACUCCAACGGUUCUUUUGGUCACAACGUUCAAUCCUAAAAGCCUCGGUGGUAAUCUCUUACACUCAAUAUAAGAACUCCUGAACACU